UAUGAAGCACUCACAAAUACCAGAAUCUUAUCUUGGAUCUUCCUCAUAUGUUGCACACAGAUAGAGAGAGUAGUUGAUUGAGUGAACAGCUAUUCUUCAUAAUGGCAAUGUCGACAGCAAAUUUGCCAACAACUGCCAUUUCUCUGUCAUCUUCGAUCAAAACCUUAGGCCGUUUCAGUUUGUUUUCCAACAAUUCUCACAAAAUAAAAAGUUUUAAUCGUAGAGCUCUUUUAGUGAAGAUGUCUUCUUCAGUUUCAGACCCUCUUGAAAUUUGUGUUAAAGCUUCUAUUACCACUCCUGGAAAGCUUGGAGAUUGUCCUUUUACUCAAAGGGUUUUGCUUACAUUGGAGGAAAAACAUCUCCCUUAUGACAUGAAGAUGAUAGAUUUGGCUAACAAACCAGAAUGGUUCUUGAAAGUCAGCCCGGAAGGUAAAGUUCCACUUAUCAAACUUGAUGAUAAGUGGCUUGCAGAUUCAGAUGUUAUUACACAGUCAUUAGAUGAAAAGUAUCCUGAUCCUCCGUUAAGCACUCCACCUGAGAAAGCUUCCAUUGGGUCAAAGAUCUUCUCCACAUUCAUCGGUUUUCUUAAAAGUAAAGAUCAAAGUGAUGGAACCGAGCAGGCAUUGCUUAGCGAGCUUACUUCCUUCAACGACCAUAUCGAAAAAAAUGGCCCUUUUAUUAACGGGAAAGAUGUUUCUGCUGCGGACUUAGCUCUUGGACCAAAACUCUACCAUUUAGAUAUUGCUUUGGCUCACUAUAAGCAGUGGUCGGUUCCAGCUUCACUUCCCUAUAUGAAGUCGUAUAUGGAGAAAAUUUUCACCAUGGACUCAUUCAUCAAAACACGGGCUCUGCCAGAGGAUGUUAUUGCUGGGUGGCGUCCAAAAGUAAUGGGCUAAUCGGUCUUCCUGCUGAAUACCAGUUCCAAUCCAGGCACUGGGGAUCGAUGCCCUCGAAUGUGUAUAACGGGGUACAUGUGGAUCACCAUGUUCUUUUGUUCUGUCAGUCAUGUUAGUUAAAAAAUUAUACAAAAUAUAAAAGAGAAAUAUAUGCACUAAUUUUUUGUUCUGUCAGUCAUGUUCUCAAGAAAUGAAUUACCAAACAUCAUAACUAUUAAGAUGUCAAUGAGUAGUAUUACCUUCUAAUA